AUGAUUCUCUAUUCAAUAAAAAUCGUUGCAACUGACCAGGGAACUCUUGAACAACCUCCAAUGAAGAAGACACACUUCUCAUUGCUUGCGCAGUUGGAACACUCCGUGUUGCAGAUUGGGGAGGCGGGAACGCAGUUGAAGACACACCUCCACUCGUUGGCUUCAACGAGCAGUGGAAAAGAUUUGGCGAACCCUACUUGGCAAGCACAAAUUGAAACAACGACACCAGGGAAGUACUUGGAAGAUAAGAUCAACUGCACAUCCGUGGUGAAGAAACGAGACUUCCACAUAGAAGCUCAAACGUUGAUACGCUGUAAUGACGAAGCGGUUUUGAUUAGUGAACAGCUGGAACAGUACAGCACAGAUUGA